CAGUUGUUGGACUGCGGUCUCACGUCGGAGCACUUCCUGGUGGCGGACAUGGGAGGCAGGGGGCUGCAGGUGUUGGUGAUGCAGGACAGCAGCCCCUGGAGCGCAUGCGGGCGGAGGAGCAGGAGGCGGCAGCGGCAGCGGCAGCUGGGGGGGCACGGGAGGGGCCGCCGCUGCCCGGCUCAACGCUACGGCCCUCAUUGUACUGCUGCGGCUUUUGCUGCUGCCGCCACUGCCCACCACCCUCCUGCUACCACCCCAACUACUCCCCCUGCCGCCAGCGCACCUUCUGCCCCUGCUUCGACUGCUACUACCGCUCCCCCAUGCAGCAGCAGCAGCAGCAGUAGCAGCAGCAGCAGCAGCAACUCCUCCGUCGCCCUCCACCGGCCCCGCCGCUACUGCUGCUGCAGCCCAGGCGUGUGGGUUCCCCGACCGUGCCUGCGGGAGGUGUCACCGGUACCGCACCCACGACAACCACAUCAGGGGCGGCAGCAAGAACAGCAGCGAGCCGGCACUAACUGCUGUUGCCGCGGCAGUGGCGGCGGUGGUGGCAGCUGCAGCGGUGGUUGCGCCGGUGGUUGCUGGCGUCAGCAGGUCAUUCGCCGUGGCUUAGCGACCCUUGGGUCACUUCCGCGCCUGCAAUACCUGCUGCUCAGCCUGCCGGCCGACUUCCCACCGCCUCUGUCUCCGCUGCCUCUGUUGCCGCUGCCUCCACCGUCGAAAGGGUUAAAAUACACAGCUUGUGAGGAGGAGGAGGUGGAGGAGGUUGCGGCAGGAGCUGUAGUGCCGCCUGCGGACCCCUUGCCGCCCUACGUUUCAUCAUCCACACUGGUUUCUUCUGAGGACCUUACCAACGCACCGGCUCUUGCGUACCUUCCGCACCCCUCCUCCUCCUGCUCCUGCUCUUGUUUCUCACAACCGGUGAUUUCAGAGCUGCUGGCGCCUCUAGGCGCCCUGAGCGGGCUGCGGUGCCUCAUGUUGGAG